UUGAUUUUGUUGUCAGCUUCUGGUUGUCUCGGUCGUCGACAUGCGCUGCUCAUUGACCACCUUCGUCACCCUCAGUCUCGCAGUAGCCUCCUUGGCGAGGCCCGCUCUCAGCCCAUACAAUGUGCAUGAGAAGCGCAGCGCCAUUCCUGCUGGAUGGUCUCAUACUCGAAGGCACGAGAGUGCAGCAACAAUUCCUCUGCGCAUUGCUCUGAAACAGAAUAACCUCGAAUUCAUCGAUGAAUAUCUUCACGAUGUUUCUCACCCGAAGUCAUCUAACUAUGGCAAGCACUGGAGUGCAGGGGAGAUCGCACGAAAAUUUUCACCUUCAGAGGAAUCCAUCUCCACCGUUAGAGACUGGCUUGUUGAGAAUGGGCUAGCGAGCGAGCGCAUUCGCGUAAGUUCCACCAAGGGUUGGAUUAACGUCGAUGUUACGGUCGAAGAAGCGGAACGGCUCAUGAACACCGAGUACAAUGUUUAUACUCAUGUUUCUGGACAGGAGCACGUCGCUUGCGAGGCCUAUCAUCUCCCUGAGCAGAUCAGUGCUCAUGUUGAUUUUGUCCUACCCUCCGUCAGCUUCGACACGAAACUCAAGCGUCGAUCUGGAAGUCCGUCGGAACCCGCUCACUCACUCGGUCAACCUGGUGUAGGAAUCACCCCCAAGACUACUGGCACUAUUUCACAGCUAGUGACUGAGCUUGAGCAGUGUGACGAGUACAUCACUCCGAUCUGCUUGAGAGCUCUAUAUGGACUUGUAUACGAACCUGUUUCUACUGACAUUAACAGCUACGGCAUCGUGGAAUACACUCCUCAGGCGUACUUGCAAUCCGACCUGCAAAUGUUUGCCAUGAACUAUUCUACUGAUCUCAUCGGAAAGGAGCCAGUCAUGGUUUCCAUUGAUGGAGGGUAUGCACAGACCGAGUACCAAGGUUUCGACUACAACGGCGAGUCGGAUCUCGAUCUCCAAUAUGGUAUGACAUUGGUCACUGGCAAGCAAAACGUCACUCUUUAUCAAACUGGUGACAUGGUGGAAGGGGCUUCUUUCAACAACUUCCUCGACGCCAUUGAUGGGUCAUACUGUACAUUUGAGGGCGGCGACGAUUACUCUGUGGAUUCCGAAUAUCCUGACCCAUACGGUGGGGGUUAUGAGGGGCCCGAGGACUGUGGUACUGUUACGCCCGCAUACGUUAUAUCAACAUCAUACGGGUACAAUGAGGCUGAUCUCACUCCGUUCUAUGCUGAGCGCCAGUGCGCAGAGUAUGCGAAGCUUGGCUUAAUGGGUGUUACCAUCCUGUACAGCUCUGGAGACGACGGUGUUGCUGGUAAUGGCGACUAUUGCCUGAACCCCGAUGGCACUCAGACCGCAAACGGUACAAUCUUCAAUCCCACUUUCCCUGGUGUCUGCCCCUACGUCACAUCUGUCGGCGCUACCAUGGUCAAACCAGGUGCAAGUGUCCUCGACGCUCAACCUGAAAUGGCUUGCAUGGAAGUCAUCUACUCUGGUGGAGGCUUCAGUAACUACUUUACGAUGCCCUCGUACCAGAAGACCGCUGUCGAUUACUAUCUGGAAAAUUAUCCUCCCAACUACCCCGCAAGUAUCUGGAACUCGACUGGCAUGUCUCGUGCUUUGCCUGACAUUGCUGCCAACGGAGCUAACUACGUUGUCGCUGUCGACGGUGAAUUUGAGCUCGUGUACGGAACUUCCUGUUCUUCGCCAGUCAGUGGCGCCAUCUUUACGAUGAUCAACGAUGCCCGUCUCGCUGCAGGAAAGAGCCCGAUUGGGUUCAUUAACCCUACGAUCUACUCUACUGAUUUCGCAGGUGCUUUCAAUGACAUUACCGAAGGGUCAAACCCGGGCUGUGGUACUGAAGGUUACAACGCAACCGUUGGAUGGGAUCCAGUUACUGGUCUUGGUACUCUCAACUUCCCUGUAUUGCUCGAGAAAUGGCUGGCUCUUCCAUAGAAUACGAGUAUCGCGUUUAAUAGUCCUACCAUCAAGUAAAUCCGCAUUCCUGUGUUUCAUAAUUGGCUCAAUAGAAUUUUCUGGUCUUGACCUCUGCCUCCGCCCUACAUAUCCGGUCAGAUAGCAUGGCCAGAUGCCUCGCACUUCCUCUGGCCCUCAGGAAGCUCUGAUUUCCAAGUAUGGCUCAAUCGUAUGGUGUGCAUCCGAACACAUCCAUGUCAUGGGGACGGCAUCCACGCACUUACCUAUCGCCUGCCGACACCCUUUUCGUCCAUAUUCCAGCACACUAAACGAGAAUGAGGGGUAUGCUAGGUUUGUAGAACAAACUGCAAGGACGACGAGGAGUGAUAGUGUAUUUAUGAGCAUGGGCCUGGAGAGCGAUAGUGUGAAAGAGUUUGCUAGCGCGUUGUGGGAGAUCGUCGGUGAGUACAGGAACGACAGGA